AAGCUUCAGUGGUUGAUGCACGUGACGAGCACAAGACUCAUUUCUCUCAACAGACAGUGCUUAACAAAGGGCUUAGCAAGUCGAUGGGAUUUCUGGCAAUGAGAGGAACACAAGGCGAGGAAGAAUUUUUCCAGGGCAUUUCUUCAGAUUACAACUCAGGACAGGAAGAUUCUUUCUAUCCUUACAGAUGUAAAACCAAUGAGUUUGAAAACAAAAGUCACCUCCAUACAGAUGCAGCUCCCAAGCGGAAGGUGUGGGCUUCCUCCACAGACUUGCUUUGCACGACCAACAAAGCAGCUGAGAGAGAUCAUGCUUCAGACUCUCACAGGUACAGUCAUCAGUGUGAGACCUUCGCUGUACGGACUUCUACUAUGACCAGAAACAAAGAAGCGAGAUACUCCGAUGGGAGCAUAGCACUGGAUAUCUUUGGACCUCAGAAACUGGACCAAACACGCCAUGUGCCCGAGACAUCAACUUCCGCAGCAAUAUCGAGUGCCUUUGACAGGAUAAGGGAGAGACAGAAGAAGUUGCAGCUCCUGAGGGAAGCCAUGAAUGUAGAAGAGCCUCUGAGAAGGUACAAAUCAUACCACAGCGAUGUUUACAGUACUUCGAGUGAAAGUCCAUCCAUUAUUUCUUCAGAAGCAGAUUUCAGGCAAGUGAGAAGAAAUGAAGGAUUCAAGAGAGAUGAUGCCGGUACUGCUUUGCCAGGUGCUGAUGAUAUCUCCACAUCGAGUCAAGCUCAUUCUCAGAGGGCAAGGCAACAUGAAGCACCAUUUGAAGGCAAUCUCGUCAGUCAAGAAGCGAUGCUAAAGCGCCAGGAAGAAGAAAUGCUGCAGUUGCAGGCUCGUAUGGCUCUCAGGCAGUCCCGCCCCAACCUCUAUCCUGGAGAUGCAAUCAGGUCCUCCAUGCUGGACAUCACCAGAGAUCCGCUUAGAGAAAUAGCCCUGGAAACAGCCAUGACUCAAAGGAAACUGCGGAAUUUUUUUGGCCCUGAGUUUGUGAAAAUGACGAUUGAACCCUUCAUCUCCUUGGAUCUGCCGAAGUCUAUCUUGACGAAGAAAGGAAAGAAUGAUGAUACAAGGAGGAAAGUAAAUGUGAUGCUUUUAAGUGGACAGAAGCUGGAGCUGACCUGUGACACUAAAACAAUUUGUAAAGAUGUCUUUGAUAUGGUUGUUGCCCAUAUUGGCUUAGUGGAGCAUCACUUAUUUGGACUGGCUACUUUAAGAGACAAUGAGUUUUUCUUCGUUGAUCCUGACAUAAAGCUGAGUAAAGUAGCUCCAGAAGGAUGGAAAGAAGAGUCAAAGAAAAAGAACAAGCCCCCUGUCAACUUCACUCUGUUUUUUCGCAUCAAGUUUUUUGUGGAUGAUGUCAGUUUUAUACAGCAUACUCUCACUUGUCACCAGUAUUACCUGCAGCUGCGGAAGGACAUCCUGGAAGACAGGAUGCACUGUGAUGAUGAGACAGCCUUAUUGUUAGCAUCCCUAGCUCUUCAAGCUGAGUAUGGAGAUUACCAGGCAGAGGUGCACGGCAUGUCGUAUUUCAGACUAGAACACUACGUCCCAGCUAGAGUGAUGGAGAAACUGGAUACAUCCUACAUCAAGGAGGAGUUGCCAAAGUUGCAUAGCACUUACGUGGGCGCUUCUGAAAAAGAGAUAGAAUUAGAAUUCUUGAAGCUGUGUCAGAGGCUCACAGAGUAUGGCAUUCACCUUCAUCAUGUGUUACCCGAGAAGAGAUCCCAGACAGGCAUCCUGCUGGGAGUGUGCUCCAGAGGAGUCGUUAUCUUUGAGGUUCACAAUGGUGCCCGCACUCCUGUGCUGCGCUUCCCAUGGAGAGAGACAAAAAAAUUUCCUUCAGUAAGAAGAAAAUAACAUUGCAGAACACAUCAGAUGGUAUCAAGCAUUCCUUUCAGACUGACAACAGUAAAACUUGUCAGUACCUUUUGCAUCUCUGCUCUUCCCAGCAUAAGUUCCAGCUGCAAAUGAGAACCAGGCAGAGCAACCAGGACACUCAGGACAUUGGUAAGGAUGCCACGUUGGUUUUUAA